GUGAGCCGGAGGAACAGCUUCUACCUAAUUUCUGCCGCCUCCGAGAUCCGAGAGGCAGCCCAAAGGGAAAGUGAGAAUCUUGCCGGCGUCGCCUCGGAAGAAAGUGGAGGCCCAGCGGUCCCUUUGUUUUGUCCGUCGGCGGGACGCUUUCCGGCUGCCGUCAAGCGCGGCAGUAGGCCCGCGGGCGGGGCUGAGGAGCUGCCAUGGCGGCGGCGGGCCGGCUUCCGAGUUCCCCGGUGCUGCUGCUGCUGCUGCUGCUUGGGGGGCUCGCGCUCUUGGGAGCCGGGCCGGUUCCGGCACGGGCGCUGCACAACGUCACAGCCGAGCUCUUUGGAAACGAGGCCUGGGGUACCUUGGCGGCCUUCGGAGACUUCAAUUCCGACAAGCAGACGGACCUCUUCGUGCUGCGGGAAAGAAAUGAUUUAAUCAUCUUUUUGGCAGACCAGAAUGUUCCCUAUUUUAAACCCAAAGUAAAGGUAUCUUUAAAGAAUCACAGCACAUUAAUAACAGGUGUGGUCCCAGGGGAUUAUGAUGGAGAUUCACAAAUGGAUGUCCUUUUGACUUACCUCCCUAAAAAUCAUGCCAGCAGUGAAUUAGAAGCUGUUAUCUUCUGGGGACAAAAUCAAACACUAGAUCCUAAUAAUAUGACCAGUCUUAAUAGGACUUUUAAAGAUGAACCACUCAUUAUGGACUUCAAUGGUGAUUUGAUUCCUGAUAUAUUUGGUAUCACAAAUGUAUCUAAACAGCCUCAGAUACUAUUAGGAGGGAAUUUGUCAUGGCAUCCUGCACUCAACACUAAUAAUAAAAUGCGAAUUCCACAUUCUCAUGCAUUUAUUGAUCUGACUGAAGAUUUUACAGCAGAUUUAUUCCUCACGACACUAUCUCCUUCUAGUACCUUCCAGUUUGAAAUAUGGGAAAAUUUGGAUGGAAAUUUUUCUCUUAAUACUGUAAUUAAAAAACCUGAAAAUAUGAUGGUGGUUGGACAGUCAGCAUUUGCAGACUUUGAUGGAGAUGGACACAUGGAUCACUUGCUGCCGGGCUGUGAAGAUAAAAACUGCCAAAAAAGCACUAUCUAUUUAGUGAGAUCUGGAACAAAACAGUGGAUUCCAGUUCUACAGGAUUUCAGCAAUAAGGGCACAGUGUGGGGCUUUGUACCAUUUGUGCCUGAACAGCGACCUACUGAAAUACCAAUGCCAAUUACCCUUCAUAUUGGAGACUAUAACAUGGAUGGCUACCCAGAUGCUCUAGCCAUACUGAAGAAUACUUCUGGAAGCAAUCAGCAGGCCUUUUUAUUGGAGAAUGUCCCUUGUAAUAAUGCAAGCUGUGAGAAGGCACAUCGUAUGUUUAAGGUCUACUGGGAUUUAUCAGACCUAAAUCAAAUCAAAGAUGCCUUGGUUGCCACCUUCUUUGACAUUUAUGAAGAUGGAAUCUUGGACAUUGUAGUAUUAAGUAAAGGAUAUAAAACAAAUGAUUUUGCCAUUCAUACACUUAAAAAUAACUUUGAAGCUGAUGCAUAUUUUGUUAAAGUCAUUGUUCUUAGUGGUCUCUGUUCUAACGACUGUCCUCGUAAGAUAACACCAUUCGGAGUAAAUCAACCUGGACCUUAUAUCAUGUAUACAACUGUAGAUGCAAAUGGGUAUCUGAAAAAUGGCUCAGCUGGACAACUCAGCCAGUCAGCACAUUUAGCUCUCCAGCUACCAUACAAUGUACUUGGUUUAGGUCGAAGUGCAAAUUUUCUUGAUCAUCUUUAUGUUGGCAUUCCCCGUCCAUCUGGAGAGAAGUCUAUACGAAAACAAGAAUGGACAGCAAUCAUUCCCAAUUCCCAGCUAAUUGUCAUUCCAUAUCCUCAUAGUGUUCCUCGAAGCUGGAGUGCCAAACUUUAUCUUACACCAAGUAACAUUGUUCUGCUUACGGCUAUCGCUCUCAUCGGUGUCUGUGUUUUCAUCUUGGCAAUAAUUGGCAUUUUACAUUGGCAGGAAAAGAAAGCAGAUGAUAGAGAAAAACGACAAGAAGCCCACCGAUUUCAUUUUGAUGCUAUGUGACUUGCCUUUAAAAUUAUAUAAUGGAACAGUGUCUUCACUUGAUUAACUGAAAUACUAAAUUUUGGCUUAAAAGAAAAUAGGGAUAAUGAAUAUUAUUUAUAAAUGAUGCAUCCCUGGAAAAUAAUUAUUGGAAGUAUUGAAAUAAAUAUGGUCUGAAUAUGUCACAAGGUCUUUUUUUAAGUACUUUGUAUAUAAUAAUUUGAUUUCUUUAUUCAGUUACGCUGUGCUUCUUUUUUUCCAUAAAGUGGAAUGUGUUGCAUGUACUUUGGUGUUUACGUAUUUAAUAGCUUACAAGAAUAAUGCUGAGAAAUCAUGUAAAUAAAAAUAUUUAAAUGAA